AUGGACAACUUUGUUAUCAUGAAACAAGGUCCAGUUCACAAUGCGAAUGAACUGCUCGACACAACGUUAACUUGGAUGAUAGAUGAAGCAUAUUUGAAUCUUUCUGGAAUGGUUGCUAGCGUGAAGAGAUUCAAAAUCCGUAGUGGUGUUAUUGUUGCUGAAAAUCCGUCGACAGCCCACGACCGGUUUCGCCAUUCUUCGGCCUCAUCAGGUAGGUGCAGUCCCCGAGUUUCCGUCAACCUUAUGUUCUACUUGUUCUACUGCGCCUAUCUGAUGAGCCCCAAGAAUUGCGAAACCGGCCUUCUCGGUUCGAUCCCUCAAUUUAGCGUUCACGUCAAAACAACCACCAAAGGUGCACAAGGUAUAUUAACUCCCAAAACAAAGUCAAGAACACUUGUACAGCGCAUCAUAUUAUAUAUAUGUAUAUAUUUAUGGUGGCGACAAACUUCUGGAUAUUCUGACGCCUUCUGGAUGCGGCAUCAGCAACCUGCAUUCGGCCAAUACUGGGCCAUGAUUGGCUGUUGGGUCGGGACUUUCGACCAAUUAGAUCUCAGCUUGAUGCUGGACCGGCAAGCGUCCCGACUUUUUGCCAAUCUUGUGCGCCCUAUUCAAAUCAUUCGUUCUCGACAGCAUCUCACCCGCAAUUUUGUACAGCUCACUCGCGGUUUUUGUGGAUCACAAAAAUCUGAUUUUAUUGCCCCGGACGUUGUGCUAGAAUCCCGACCGGCCACCCAAAACUGUUCCCUACUUUUCUUGUGGGAAGCUUUUGUUGAGGUUCCCGAUACGGAACUUCGAGUGACGCGUAGGUUGGACAAUCCCGAGUAUCAAAAGGAAGAGUUGGGUUCGAAAUUCUACGGCACUAUUUACAAAGGGUUAGUACGGCCCAUGGGUAAGUAG